AUGAAAAUUAUCCGCAGCCCCAAUCUCUUUGAAACGAUUUGUCGCCGCGAUUCCUUUUGUUACACAUCAAAGACUGACGCAGCUGAUCCGGAGCCUUCGUUCGCUGGGAAGAAGGAGUCUGAAAGUUCAAUCUUAUCAUCUAUACUCCCUGAUAAGCUAUCUGGUUCUAUUUGCACGGCAGUCCUCUUCGUACUCGGCUGGAAACUUCUGUCCAACAAACGGUGA